CAUCAGUUGGGUGAUUUCUCUUCAGUCUCCACACAGAUCUCUCGGAAUAUCGUGAUUGCUCGUUGCCUGCCUGCAGCCAUUUUCACAUCCUUACACCAUCUGCUGUCUUCUUUGUUUGUUAUUUACACGAGUGCAUUAAUGUCUGGUGAUUUUUUUAAUUAUUGAGGAGGACGGUAACAGGGUUUACUACCGAUAAAUCUGCGGAUGUGGAGCUUGAAAUAAAUGACAGGAUACAUGGAGACAACACAAGAAAGCGCACGUGACAAACUUGUAGGAGGGAAACCCUCGGGAGUUCCCUGGAGAAGAUGACAUUCUGGAAGAGAAAUAUUCACAUUGAGAAGGAACGUCAUGUAAAAGCCAACGCACGGGACUACAAUGACAAGUUCUCUUAUGCUGACAAUCACAUCAAAACCUCAAAGUACAACGUCCUCACCUUCCUGCCCAUCAACUUGUUUGAACAGUUUCAGAGGGUGGCAAACGCUUACUUCCUAGUGCUGCUGAUACUGCAGUUAAUUCCAGAGAUUUCCUCUCUGUCGUGGUUCACAACCAUCGUGCCUUUGGUGUUGGUGCUGGUAAUCACAGCCGUGAAGGACGCCACAGAUGACUAUUUCAGACAUAAGAGCGACCAGCAAGUCAACAAUCGGCAGUCUCAGGUGCUCAUCGGGGGAAGUUUGCAGAAUGAGAAAUGGAUGAACGUUCGAGUGGGGGAUAUCAUCAAACUAGAGAAUAAUCAGUUUGUUGCUGCAGACAUCCUCCUCCUCUGUAGUAGUGAGCCAUAUGGACUGUGCUAUAUUGAGACUGCAGAGCUAGAUGGAGAGACAAAUCUGAAGGUUCGUCAGGCUUUGACCGUCACCUCAGAUUUGGAAGAUAUUACAAAACUGAUGGACUUUGAUGGAGAAGUCAUCUGUGAGCCACCAAACAACAAGCUGGAUACGUUUAUAGGGACUUUAUACUGGAGGGACAAUAAACACCCUCUGGAUAAUGAGAAAAUGCUGCUGCGAGGUUGUGUACUCAGAAACACUGAGUGGUGCUUUGGGAUGGUCAUCUUUGCAGGUUUGCAAACCAAACUCAUGCAGAACUGCGGAAGGACUCAAUUUAAAAGGACAAGUAUCGACAAACUGAUGAACACUUUGGUUUUGUGGAUAUUUGCCUUCCUCAUUUGUAUGGGAGUUAUUUUGGCCAUUGGAAACACUAUCUUGGAGAGCUGGAGUGGGAGAAACUUCCAGGUGUUUUUGCCGUUGGAUGAGUUUCAAAACAGUGCUGUUUUCUCUGGCUUCCUCACCUUCUGGUCCUACAUCAUCAUCCUCAACACUGUCGUGCCCAUCUCACUGUAUGUCAGUGUGGAGGUUCUGCGGCUAGGCCACAGUUACUUCAUUAACUGGGACUGGAAGAUGUACUACAGUCAGACGGACACUGCGGCAGAAGCUCGCACCACCACCCUGAACGAGGAGCUUGGCCAGGUGGAGUUCAUCUUCUCCGACAAGACUGGCACCCUCACCCAGAACAUCAUGGUGUUCAGAAAGUGCUCCAUUAAUGGCCAGACGUACGGUGACGUCUAUGAUGAAUUUGAGCGGAAGGUGGAAAUUACAGAAAAAACAGCCUGUGUGGACUUUUCCUUCAACGCUCUCUGUGACAGAAGCUUUAAGUUUUAUGACGGCAGCCUGGUCGAAGCCAUCAAGCUGGAAGAUCCUGCAGCACAAGAGUUCUUCAGACUGCUGGCUUUGUGUCACACUGUCAUGCCAGAGGAGAAGAGUGAAGGACAUUUGGUGUACCAGGCCCAGUCACCUGACGAAGGAGCGCUGGUCACUGCGGCACGAAACUUUGGGUUUGUCUUCCGGGCACGAACCCCCGAGACCAUCACACUGUGUGAGAUGGGACGAGCCGUCACCUACCAGCUGCUGGCCAUACUGGACUUCAACAACGUGCGCAAGAGAAUGAGUGUCAUUGUGAGAAACUCGCAGGGCCAGAUUAAACUCUACUCCAAAGGAGCUGACACUAUUAUCUUUGACCGUCUGGAUCCAUCCAGUGAAGAGCUCAUGUACACUACCUCAGAACAUCUCAGUGAAUUUGCUGGAGAAGGGCUUCGAACAUUAGCUCUGGCCUACAAAGAUCUCGAUGAAGAUUAUUUAGAUGUUUGGAUGAAGAAGCUUCUGUUCGCCAGCACUGUAAUUGAGAACCGCGAGGAUCAGCUCGCUGUCCUCUACGAGGAAAUCGAGCAGGACUUAAAGCUUCUAGGAGCCACAGCAAUAGAGGACAAACUUCAGGAAGGAGUCCCAGAAACUAUCGCCUGUCUAAAUCUAGCCGACAUAAAGAUCUGGGUCCUCACAGGAGACAAACUAGAGACAGCGAUGAACAUCGGCUACUCCUGCAACAUGCUACGAGACGACAUGAAUGAGGUGUUUGUUAUCUCUGGCCACACACUGCUGGAGGUGCAGCAGCAGCUCAGGAGUGCUAAUGAGCACAUUCUCGGCCUGAGUCGGGUUGGCAGUGCAGGAGAUGAGAAGGCCAAUAUGCUUGCAGAUGACUCUGUGUUUGAAGAAACCAUCAUCGCAGAGUACGCCUUAAUCAUCAACGGACACAGUUUGGCUUACGCUAUGGAGCCACAGCUGGAGCAUGUCUUGCUGGACUUGGCCUGUUUGUGUAAAACAGUCAUCUGCUGCCGGGUCACUCCGAUGCAGAAAGCCCAGGUGGUGGAGCUGGUGAAGAGGCACAAGAGGGCCAUCACCCUGGCCAUUGGAGAUGGUGCCAAUGAUGUCAGCAUGAUCAAGACUGCUCACAUCGGUGUCGGCAUCAGCGGUCAGGAGGGGAUGCAGGCAGUUCUGGCAUCAGAUUACUCCUUCGCUCAGUUUCGGUACCUGCGGCGGCUCCUUCUGGUGCACGGGCGCUGGUCCUACUUCCGCAUGUGUAAUUUCCUGUGCUAUUUCUUCUACAAGAACUUUGCCUUCACACUGGUGCACUUCUGGUACGGCUUCUUCUGUGGUUUCUCAGCUCAGACUGUGUAUGACCAAUGGUUCAUUACCCUCUUCAAUAUAGUCUAUACGUCUUUACCAGUCCUGGCGAUGGGACUUUUUGAUCAGGAUGUCAAUGACCAGAACAGCCUUCGCUACCCGAGCCUCUACAAACCUGGCCAGCAAAACCUUCUCUUCAACAAACGCCAGUUUUUCCUGUGCACGCUGCAGGGGAUGGGCACAUCGUGCCUGCUCUUCUUCGUUCCCUACGGAGCCUUCUCUGUCCUGGUGAAAGAGGACGGCUCUCAUUUUUCCGACCAACAAGCAUUUGCAGUUACCAUAGCAACAUCCUUGGUCAUUGUCACGAGUGUUCAGAUUGGACUCGACACCCACUACUGGACAGCCAUCAAUCACUUCUUCAUAUGGGGAAGCCUGACCGUGUACUUUGCUGUAUUAUUUGCAAUGCAAAGUGACGGCAUGUUUGGCGUCUUUUCGAGUAUUUUCCCGUUCAUAGGUGCGGCACGUAACUGUCUAUCAGAGAAGAGUGUGUGGUUGGUCAUUCUGCUCACCACUGUGGUGUGUGUUGUGCCCAGCUUAGCAGUCAGCUUCCUGAGAGUAGACCUCUUCCCAACUCUAACAGAUAAGGUUCGUCAUCUCCAACGGUUCAGAAAUAAGCAAGGGCCUCAGGAGCAGAACCUGAGGAGAGUACGCCGGACGAGCUCCCGCCGCUCUGCGUAUGCCUUCUCCCACCAACAGGGCUACGGAGAACUUAUAACCUCAGGCAAAAACAUGAAGGAGAGCACAGUGUCUUCUGCUUGCUCUCCCGGAAGGACACCACACAGCCCCACCUGGAUAGAAAAUAUGUUAAAGAGAAAGAACGAAGUCUCUUGCAUCUCUGAUGAAAGAACGGGAGCACCAGAAAGAAGCAGCAGAGCAGAAAGAUUCAACAGCACACCGACGGGACUCAACCUCUCACUGACUAACAGAUAGUGUUAACUCUCGGACACCAUAUGCGUGGUUCCCACAGACCAAGCACACGUUAUGAGUGUCCUUCAUUUGGGUGAAUUUAUGCUGUAACCUAUCUACACAUGCUUACCUCAUUUUUUUUUUUAUUAGUGUGAAUGUGGAUUCUGUUAAAUGUUAAAGGCCAAUCAAAAUAUGAUCUUGAGGCAUGUUUAAUGUGCGAACUCAGCCCAACAACAGCCGGUAUAUUUUUAGGAAACGAUUAUGUAGUGAGAGUUGCCAAAAUUAAAGACAUUUUUGUCCUCCUGUGGUAACUGAGUGGUUGGUACAUUUACUAGAUUAUAAUUUAAUAAUCUGAUUGAGAUUGGGACAUUUCAGUUUCUUAAAAUGAACCUUUAUUUGUCACAAACAUGAGCAAAAAUAAAGCCCCGAGCACCGGUACAAAAAACGUUAUUAAAAAGACUUCCGUCUUUAAAGCCUAAAAGAAAAAAGAAUGAUGGAUUUUAUACAGCAGCACAAAUUAAAUCUGUUCUUUUCUGAGCUAAACAAUGAGACAUUGAAUUAACUGUACAAAAUCAAUUUAUUACAGAAACCUUCAUGUUUUUAAAACACUAAAAAGCAUAUUCCCUUUGUAAGAAAUAAUUCACCCUUUAUAUUCCCAAAAACAAUAUGUAAAGAGUAAAGCAAGGUUUACAUGUUGGAUUAUCUUGUCAUAUGUAAGUGCAUUCUGAAUCAACUGAGAUUGAAAAAUAUAUAUUUGACUUCCCACCAGUAUGUCUUUUAAUGAAUGAUUGCUGUAUGAACAGACAUGAAGUAUUUUA